ACAGCUUAUAAGUACACAGCUCACAUUAUUAGAAGCACCAUGCAAAACUUUUUCUAUCGCUCGUUUCACUGGCGUAAGUAUCACACACAUGGGUCUACUGGUCUCUACGCAAGGCAAAAUUAAACAAGCCCGUAUCCUGAUUCUUGGCUUGGAUGCAGCAGGAAAAUCAACUGUGCUGUACAAGUUCAAGUUUAAAGAUUCUUUUUCAACGACCCCUACAGUAGGUUUCAACGUGGAGAUGAUCCACAGCGAGAGACAUUUGCAACUAACCAUGUGGGAUGUUGGAGGACAGCAGAAAAUGAGAGCUUUCUGGUGCCACUACUUUGAGAACACAGAUGGACUUGUGUAUGUUGUGGACAGCAAUGACAAGCAACAUAUGGAUGAAUCAAAGAAAGAAUUUCAAUCCAUCCUUCAGCACGAGUUAAUAAAAAACGUUCCAGUGGUUGUAUUGGCGAACAAGCAGGAUUUGCCAGGUGCACUGAAUGCUGAAGAGAUAACUCGGAAAUUUAAUAUGAAGAAGCAUUGUUCUGAUAGAGACUGGUAUGUGCAGCCGUGCUGUGCCAUCACAGGUCAAGGGCUGGCAGAAGGACUUAACAAAGUGACAGAAUUUGUCAAAAACUGCAUGAAGUCAAAAGAAGAAAACCUAGUGCUUUCCAAACAGAAUGUAAGACUCAAAAUGUCCCGUAAAAUGUGA